ACCGUCAGCUCGCUACUUCCAGCAAUUUGGAGCUAGCAACCCUGUGUGUCUCAGUCUUGUCGUUGACGGCGAAGGGGACGGACGCUCUCUGCCGCCACCGGGAGCAGCACCUGUUCACUGGAGGAUGAACCUUGGCUCCUUAGGAAAUGUAGAUGUUUAUCUCUCAGAAUGUUUGAUGUGAAUCCCUGACCAAAGUAAUGGCAGCCAGUGAAGUAGUACAACAUGUGACCCCAGACGAAGAGAGCUUAUCAUCCAUCUCUGUUAACAUUCGUUGUCCACAAGGAUGCCCUCGCACAUUUGCCAACUCUUCUGCCCUUAGGUUACACUUGAAUCAGGUCCACCGUCAAGAAAGUGUAAGCAGUGUUGCAUCAAAACCAGGAGUGUCAGUGUGGUAUCACUGUCCUGUAGAGUCCUGCAUUUAUCACAACAACUUUGGUGCCAAGGGAAGACAUUUUCCAAAUUUGAAGUACCUUAAACAGCACUUCCUCAAAGUCCAUGCAGCUCGCUUACAUACAUGUGACUGUGGGCAAGCAUUCAGUACCGUAGCACUACUUGCCCGCCAUCAACGUGCUUGUGGAGUCAAGCUCUUGUGUAGCUGUGGUAACAGCUUUUCAUCUGUCGAGACACUGCAGACUCAUGUUCGCCGCUCUGGCCAUACUUUUCACCACUCCACUGUUCAAGCAUUAAGAGCAAGAAAAACCUUACAAACGGAGCCAGCUUUAACAAUACAGUCACCUUUACAGGGUGGUUCUUCUCAAGAAGUCUGGACUCACCACAUCCCACUCAAGUAUCACACUAUUGAUGAGAGAGGAAGAGAAGAAGGUGGUGUAGUUGGGAUAAUCAACACAUCUUCCUCUGUGCAAUCCAUGUUUAGUUCUGUGCUGCCAACUAUAUGUGCAGCUCCUUCCACCAUCUGCUCAGCCUCUUCCACAUUCAGUCAAGUUACACCGCUGCACCUCCAGCAACCAACUCAUUUGUUAGCGGCUAUUGCCCUUAGUGAACUGGCUGCGACAGCUAUGAAAAGGAGUCCUUGUGUGGAUGUUGGUGUCCAGACAGAAACAGAAGUCCCGAGACGUUCAAGGAGAAAAUCUAGUCCAGGAAAGUGUUGGGCAUCAGCUGGAAACUGUACAUUGCCUUGGAAUCUUAGCAAGCGCAAACGUACAGCAGAAACACAAACAAGACUCAGUCACAGAGAUAGCAAACGAUUACAGGGAGGUACACUACUCCAUCUGUCUGAAGCUCCAGCAGAAACUGGCAUUACUACUGGAACACACAAUACUAAUGGUGAAAAUGAAGCGACAUUUAUUGAUAUUGGUGCCGAAGAUUGUAAUGAUGAUGAAGGAUCUUUUGAAAGCCUAGCAUUGCAAGUCAAUUUACCAGAGUUUAUUACUGCCCAGCAAAGUACUUCUGGCACACAGACGAGUCCCCGUGUAGCUGGCCUCUCACACCCACAACUCCAUAAUCUUGCUAUAUCUUUGUUCGACCGUGCAUGUGGUGAUGAUGAACCAGGAAUUGCUCCACCAUCAAUGUCUAUUACAUCAACACAAACACCAGAGCAUCUUGAUCCCUUUGGAUCUACACAGUUGUUUAUUGAUGAUGAUGAUGAUUUGCUGGAGGUAGUAAGUAAUACAACAGUGGGUGGAAGAAGAAGACCACCUUCUCUGGGCCACAUACGCUCAUCGAGCAUUGAAACCCAGACAGAUCAUGACGUCCUCCUCAGCAAAAAUGCUGAUACUCCUGAUGACAGUGAUGAGAUUAUUCUAACUACUACAGAAACACAGACUGAUCCUAACAGCCUUCUCAUCUUGACUGGGAACAGUGUAUAUCAAAGUCACGGGUCAUGUCAAGCAUCAUAUGAGGUACACGAGAGUGACAGUUUAUGGUGCACUAGUGAAACACAGACAUACGAAGAUUUCUCGGAUAUAGAGCAGUUUAUGCGGUCGACGAUUCAUACACAGACGCCAGAUCAUAGCCAUAAUGAACUGUUCCCUGAACUUUCUUUCUCUCACACUCAGACUCAAACUAGCUUGGAUGAUCCUCCAUCCCUUGUUACAACACACACACAGACACCUACAAAUAAACAACUACCCUCAAGUGUUUCUGAAAUGUAACUAUUAUCUACAGCUAGUAACUGUAUUUGGAAAUGCAAUUAAGGCCAUUUUGCUGCAUAUAACUUUAAACUCUGAGAAUACAGGCUUUCAUAAAAAAUACUAAAUAUUUAGAGCACAUCUUGCUGGAUUGCUGCUCCUUCUCUUGGAGUAAACCCUAGCAAUUGUCCAGUGAUAUAUAACAAUUGUUUAUUACCUUAUGAUUUCACUUGGAAAGAAAAUUUUCAUGCAAGUUUGUGAAAGUUCGCAGAGAGAAGGGGGAAUGAAUCAAGGUUAGUUUGAAAAAGUGAUGGCAAAUAUACACCACAAAGAGAUGUUUUACCCACACAGUGAUGGAUAAAUGUUCUGAAGCACUUGGCCUCCCUCUCUUCCCCUUCCUUACUGUGUUCAUCCCAUGGAGCUAUUUAUGGCAAAACUAAACACUAUACACAAACACAAGAUCUUGUCUUAAGAUCUUGCAUGUCACACACACACGCACUCUCUCACGCUUCUCUUUACAUUCCUCUUGUGCUGUCUAAACUCUAAUACAGUAUGGCUGUCCCGCUUACUUGUUUGCCUCUCCUUCCACUCUUCAUCGUCUUGAUGCUCUGCACCAUACUAGGUUACGCCUCGGUUCUGGUGCCUUUUGUUCAUCCCCUACCCUGAGCCUGUGUUGAAAUCGGCAUCCUGUCCCUACAGGAUUGUCGUGAUCGUUAUUGUCUUUGCUACCUUGCGUGGUCCUUACAACAGUCUCACUCGCACUGAUGAUGUGCUUUACCCAUUGCUCCUUCUGUGGGCCCUGUUCCCUUUCACCAUCUUGCUUUUUCUAUACGGUUGUCUCGCUUGCAAGACAACUGCAAGCACACAACUGUGUGUUUGUCAACUGUCCUACAGUUGGUGUAGGACAGUGUACCGGAUAACCACCUCAUCCAGGUCAUCAUCCGGUACACUGGUCGUCGUGCCUCGCUCAUUGCUGCUUGUCCACAUGAACUGGAUCCCACUUAACAAAACAAAUAUUACGUAGUUUUAGAAAAAUUCUUGGCCAUUUUGUAAAUCUUAGUCCAGCAGGAUUACCAUAUUUAAAGUUUAAUGCACAUGUAUUACCAUCGUUUAUAACCAUGUUAAACACUAAUAACGAGUAAACUCGCUUCUGGCAAUAACGCUC